AUGGUUGCUCAAUAUACUGUCCCAGUUGGGAAAGCCGCCAAUGAGCAUGAAACCGCUCCAAGAAGAAAUUAUCAAUGCAGUGAAAAGCCGCUCGUCAGACCGCCAAACACCAACUGUUCCACUGUUUAUGAGUUUGCUCUGGAGUGCUUCCAGAAGAACAAAAAUUCCAAUGCUAUGGGUUGGAGGGAUGUUAAGGAAAUUCAUGAAGAAUCCAAAUCGGUUAUGAAAAAAGUCGAUGGCAAGGAGACUUCUGUAGAGAAGAAAUGGAUGUAUUAUGAACUAUCGCAUUACCAUUAUAACUCCUUCGAUCAAUUAACUGAUAUCAUGCACGACAUUGGUCGUGGGUUGGUUAAAAUGGGGUUAAAACCUAAUGAUGACGACAAGUUACAUCUUUACGCCGCCACUUCCCACAAGUGGAUGAAGAUGUUCUUAGGUGCGCAGUCUCAGGGUAUUCCUGUCGUCACUGCUUACGAUACUUUGGGAGAGAAGGGGUUGAUCCAUUCUUUGGUGCAAACAGGGUCUAAAGCCAUCUUUACAGAUAACUCUUUGUUACCAUCGUUAAUUAAACCAGUCCAGGCCGCUCAGAACGUAAAAUUCAUAAUUCAUUUCGAUUCUAUCGAUCCUGAGGACAAGAGGCAACGUGGUAAGAUCUAUCAAUCUGCUCAUGAUGCCAUCAACAAAAUCAAGGAAGUGAGACCUGAUAUCAAGACCUUCAGUUUUGACGACAUCUUGAAGCUAGGUAAAGAUUCCCGUAACGAAAUAGAUGUUCAUCCACCUAACAAAGAUGAUCUUUGCUGCAUCAUGUAUACUUCAGGUUCUACAGGUGAACCAAAGGGUGUUGUCUUGAAACAUUCAAAUGUUGUCGCAGGUGUCGGUGGUGCAAGUUUGAAUGUUUUGAAGUUUGUGGGUAACACCGACCGUGUUAUUUGUUUUUUGCCACUGGCUCAUAUCUUUGAAUUAGUUUUCGAAUUAUUGUCCUUUUAUUGGGGGGCCUGCAUUGGUUAUGCCAACGUGAAAACUUUAACCAGCAGUUCCGUGAGAAACUGUCAAGGCGAUUUGCAAGAAUUCAAGCCCACGAUCAUGGUUGGUGUUGCCGCUGUUUGGGAAACAGUAAGAAAAGGAAUUUUAAACCAAAUCGAUAACUUGCCCUUCCUCACCAAAAAAAUCUUCUGGACCACGUAUAAUACCAAGUUGAACAUGCAACGUCUCCACAUUCCUGGCGGGGGCGUCUUAGGCAAUUUAAUUUUCAAAAAAAUCAGAACUGCCACAGGUGGCCAAUUAAGAUACCUUUUGAACGGUGGUUCGCCAAUUAGUCGAGAUGCUCAGGAGUUCAUUUCAAAUUUGAUAUGCCCCAUGUUGAUUGGUUACGGUUUAACCGAAACAUGCGCCAGUGCUACCAUCUUGGAUCCUGCUAAUUUUGAACUCGGCGUCGCGGGUGACCUGACUGGUUGUGUCACCGUGAAACUAGUUGAUGUUGAAGAAUUAGGAUACUUUGCUAAAAACAACCAAGGUGAAGUUUGGAUCACAGGUGCCAACAUCACGCCAGAAUAUUAUAAGAACGAGGAAGAGACUUCUCAAGCUUUGACCAGCGAUGGUUGGUUCAAGACCGGUGAUAUCGGCGAAUGGGAAGCAAAUGGUCACUUGAAAAUCAUUGACAGAAAGAAAAACUUGGUUAAAACAAUGAACGGUGAAUAUAUUGCCCUUGAAAAAUUAGAAUCAGUUUACAGAUCUAACGAAUACGUUGCUAACAUUUGUGUUUACGCUGACCAAUCCAAGACUAAGCCAGUCGGCAUUAUUGUACCAAAUCAUGCUCCAUUAACAAAGCUGGCCAAAAAAUUGGGAAUCAUGCAACAGAAUGACAGUUCAAUUAAUAUCGAAAAUUACUUGGAGGAUUCAAAAUUGGUUAAAGCUGUUUAUUCCGACCUUUUGAAGACAGGUAAAGACCAAGGUUUAGUCGGUAUUGAAUUGCUAGCAGGUAUAGUGUUCUUUGACGGCGAAUGGACUCCACAAAACGGCUAUGUUACGUCCGCUCAGAAACUGAAAAGAAAGGACAUUUUGAACGCUGUCAAAGAUAAAGUUGACGCCGUCUAUGGUUCCUCUUAA